AAGUGGAGCGCAGCGGGUCCGAGGCACAGAUCUCUCGCGCCGAGGCUCCUCCGGCUGGUCCUUCCUGCCUGCGGCGGUCGCUGCUGCAGCAGCGUCAACUCCCACCAAGACCUGGAUCUUUUUGCUCAGCCUACAAGAACUGAAACUCUUACAGCACCCUCCUCCCCCAUUAGGAGUCUUUUCCCUCUGGUUUCCCCUCCCCCGCCCCAGCCCCUCCUUCCCUCGUUGGAGAAUUUCAUGCUUCUGUUAGCACCUUUUCAUAAUCCAGGGGACGUGACAGUCCAGAGCUCCAACUGCCUCAGCUGAAUUCUACUUUUGAUUUUAUUUCUCCCUCGCUUCCUCUUGUUUUCCUCUAAUCUGAUUCAUCUGCGAAUCUGACGCUUCUGCCAGAGGGAGCGAGGAAUAAAUAGAUGCUGCUGCCCCAGAAGGCUUAGACGUCGGGAAAGAACAGCCAGAGAGGCAGGGGCGGCGGCGGCCGGAGGCCGGCGGAGCUCGUGGGACCCCAUUGGGGGAAUUUGAUCCAAGGAAAGAAACUGAGAUCGUCGGGGGAGGAGAAGCUCCCAGAUCAUUGUGUCCACUUCCAGGGGGGAAGAGGGGACCGCGAAGCGGGCCUGUCGGCGUCCUCGGCACUGCUGAACCCUGCCCCGUCCUGCCGGGAUCAUGGUCUGCGGCGGUCCAGGAGGGAUGCUGCUGCUGCGGGCCGGGCUGCUCGCCCUGGCUGCGCUCUGUCUGCUCUGGGUGCCCGGAGCACGAGCUGCAGCCUGCGAGCCCGUGCGCAUCCCCCUGUGCAAGUCCCUGCCCUGGAACAUGACCAAGAUGCCCAACCACCUGCACCACAGCACCCAGGCUAACGCCAUCCUGGCCAUUGAGCAGUUCGAAGGUCUGCUGGGCACCCAGUGCAGCCCGGAUCUGCUCUUCUUCCUCUGUGCCAUGUAUGCGCCCAUCUGCACCAUUGACUUCCAGCACGAGCCCAUCAAGCCCUGCAAGUCUGUGUGCGAGAGGGCCCGGCAGGGCUGCGAGCCCAUCCUCAUCAAGUACCGCCACUCGUGGCCCGAGAGUCUGGCCUGCGAGGAGCUGCCUGUUUAUGACCGUGGCGUGUGCAUCUCUCCCGAGGCCAUCGUUACCGCGGACGGAGCGGAUUUUCCUAUGGAUUCUAGUAAUGGAAACUGUAGAGGAGCCAGUGAACGCUGCAAGUGUAAGCCUAUUAGAGCUACACAGAAGACCUAUUUCCGAAACAAUUACAACUAUGUCAUUCGGGCUAAAGUUAAGGAAGUAAAGACCAAGUGCCAUGAUGUGACUGUAGUAGUUGAGGUGAAGGAGAUUCUAAAAGCUUCUCUGGUAAACAUUCCAAGAGAAAACGUUAACCUUUACACCAGCUCUGGCUGCCUGUGUCCUCCACUUAAUGUUAAUGAGGAGUAUAUCAUCAUGGGCUAUGAAGAUGAGGAACGCUCCAGAUUACUGUUGGUGGAAGGUUCUAUUGCUGAGAAAUGGAAGGAUCGACUUGGUAAAAAAGUUAAGCGCUGGGAUAUGAAGCUCCGCCAUCUUGGACUCAAUAAAAGCGAUUCAAGCCAUAGUGAUUCCACUCAGAGUCAGAAGCCUGGCAAGAGCUCCAACCCCCGUCAAGCACGCAACUAAAUCUUGAAGUGCAGAAAGAACACCAGUGGACUUCCUAUUAAGACUUGCAUUGCUGGACUAGCAAAGGAAAAUUGCACUAUUGCACGUCAUAUUCUAUUUUUUACCACAAAAAUCAUGUGGUAACUGAUAUUACUUCUAUUUUCUCUUUCAUUUUCUGUUUUUCUCUUCCCUCUUUCUUUUUUCUUUAUUGUGUUCUGAGUGCAGCUCCUUAAAUAUAUGUAUUCUGUUUCACUAAUCCUGGGAAAACUAUUCUCUGCAAUAAUAAUAAAUUAAACAUGUUGAUACCAGGGCCUUUUUGCUGGAGUAAAUGUUAAUAUGCUGUUCUGCACCCAGAUUGGGAAUGCAAUAUUGGAUGCAAAGAGAGAUUUCUGGUAUACACAGAGAGCUAGAUAUGCUGUGAAACCUAGUCUGCUCAUCUAAUUACAGCCUCAUUUUCACAUGCCUUUUGGGCAUUCUCCUCACGCUUAAAAGUUCUGAAUGUUUAUAAAGGUAAAAUGGCAGUUUGAAAUCAAAUGCCACACAGGCAAAGCAAUCAAGCACCAGGAACCAUUUAUGAGGAAACGACACACAAGAUAAAAUAUUUGCAAGAUUGGCAGGAAGCAAAAUAAAUAGUGCUAGGAGCUGGGGAAAGAACAUUUUGCCUGAUUGAGAAGCACAACUGAAACCAGUAGCCGUUGGGGUGUUAACGGUAGCAUUUUUCUUUUGACAAUACAUUUGGUUUGUUUGUGAAUAUAUUAAUCAGCAUUAGGGAAGUGAAUUGUAACUAGACAUCUGUUGUUAUCAGCGUACCUCUGUUAAGUUUGCUUCCCUUUAAAUAAGCCCAUUGGUGUAAGUUUUUUUUUUUUUUUUUUUUUUUUUUUUUUUUUUUUUUUUUUUUUUUUGCAUCUUUUAAAAUAAAUCUUGAUGUGUUGACCAGGAAAAGAAAGUAUGUAUGCAUGUGCACCAGGGUAUUAUUUUUGAAAGGUACAUAGCUCUAUAAAAUGCUGUAGUUUGCAGCAUGGUAAAAUGUGCAAGGUUGUGCCUGUGUGUGUGUGUGUGUGAGCGUGUGUAUGUGUUUGUGCACUCACACCCAAGCUGGACUGAAUUACAGGCCUGUACUUGAUCAUUUGGAUUUGUGCUGUUUAAUGCUCAGUAAAAUAUGCCUAAUAAAAGGAAUUACGGUU